AUGUCUGUGGUCAACAUUCGUCGCGAUGUCGACGACAAGUUCUACCGAUACCGCAUGCCUCUCCUCCAGACCAAAAUCGAGGGCAAGGGCAAUGGCAUCAAGACUGUCAUCCCCAACAUGUCGGACAUCGCUCGUUCCCUCAGCCGUCCUCCCACCUACCCGACCAAGUUCUUUGGCUGCGAGCUCGGCGCCCAGACCUCGUUCGACGAGAAGAACGACCGCUACAUCGUCAACGGCGCCCACGACGCCGAGCGUCUGCGCGAGCUCCUCGACACCUUCAUCGACAAGUUUGUCCUCUGCGGCGACUGCAAGAACCCCGAGACCGAUCUCAAGAUCCUCAAGGACGGCGACAUCCUCCGCAAUUGCAAGGCAUGCGGUAAGCGCACCGGCGUCGACAUGAAGCACAAGCUCACCACUUUCAUCGUCAAGCACCCGCCGCCCAAGCGUGUCAAGGGAGCCAAGGGAGCCGGAAAAUCCGCCGGCCAGGACGCUGGCGAUGCUGGAUCCGACGACGAGCUCACCAAGCGCAUCAAGGCCGAGGCUGCCGAGAUCCCCACCGCCGAACAGCGUGGCAACGUCGACGACGACUGGUCCGUCGACACUUCGGAAGCCGCCGUCGCCGCGCGUGUCAAGGCGCUCGAAGGCAGCGUCAAGUCUUCGCUCGUACUCGGCGAGGACGACGAGGACGAAGACGAGGACAGCCCUUACAGCCAGUACGGCCAAUGGCUCCAGGCCAACCGCAAGGGCGGCGAAGAGGGUCGCGAGUGCACCCCUGCCGAAGUCUACAAAAAGGCGCAGGAGCUCGGUAUUGAAAAGAAGCACAAGGCCGUCCAAGUGCUCGCCCAGGCCCUCUUCACCGAGGACGUGGCCAAGGAGAUCGAAAGGUACGGCGCUGUGCUCGUCAAGAUGGUUGGCGACUCUGAGAAGCACCAGAAAGCCAUGCUCGGUGGAUUCGAGCGUCUCGCGGGUGUUCAGUACCCUUCGCUCGUCCCCAACGGCGUGCCCAAGAUCCUUAUGUCUCUGUACCAGAUCGAUGUGCUCGACGAGGAGUUUGUCAAGAACUGGGGCACGCACGUCAGCAAAAAGUACGUCGACAAGGACACCUCCAAGAAGGUUCGUCGUGCGGCUGCUCCUUUCCUGGAGUGGCUCGACCAGGCCGAUUCCGAGUCCGAGGAGGAUUCGGAUGACGAAGAUGACGAGGAGGAGGUCAAGCCCAAAGCGAACGGUAACGGCGUCAAGAAGCAGGCUGCCCCCGCUCAAGAGGACGAGGAGGACGACUCGGACCUCGACAACCUCUGA